CCGUGCUGGGACGAGCCGGCGUUAAAGGCCACCUUCAAUAUUUCUAUCAAACACAAUCGGAAUGACAUAGCUCUGUCAAAUAUGCCGAUACGAGAACAGACGGACGAUGAUACCGACAACCACACNAUAUGGACGCACUUCGAAACGACCCCGAUCAUGUCCACGUAUCUGGUUGCGUUCGUUGUGUUGUCAGAUUUCAUUUGUAUUUCUAACGAGGACGGAACCAUUAAUACGUGGUGGAAAACUAGCGAAAUAUGGCAAGAAAAUACAGAGCAAGAAGUCGCUAUAAAGUUCGUACGACUGUUGACGGAAUAUACCAACAACACCGUNAAGGUCCCGAAAAUCGAUCAGGUCGUGAUGCGAACAAAGUUUAUAAACAUGGAAAACUGGGGUCUUAUUUUUUACAACGGUAUUCCAUCAGAAAAUACAGCUUCGAUAUAUAACACGUAUGUGGGAACNGAGGCAGCAGCAAAGAACAUAGCACAUCAAUGGUUCGGUAAUAUAGUCAGUCCGGCGUGGUGGUCUCACGUGUGGUUGACCGAGGGAUUAGCAGCAUAUUUCGCAGAUUAUGUUAUCGAUAAGACGUUCGAAAAUUGGCGAAAAACAGAGCUUUCUGUAAUUGAUUUAAGGUACAACAUUAUGGAAACUGACAUUCCAAAGGACGAUAAUCCUCUUACAAAAGAUGUUAAUACUCCUAAGGAAAUUAUCGAUCAUCUCAACGAUCUUGAUCGCGGCAAGGCACGUUCUGUGCUGCGUAUGUUACAACACAUUCUUACCGAUGACGUAUUCCGAAAGGGUAUUAUUAAAUUUUUAAAUGCACAUCAAUUUGGCUCAGCUACAACCGACGACUUCUGGAGCGCUAUGCAAGAAGCUUUAGAUGAGUCGAAUGUUCCACACGACGAUUACAAUGUGAAAGAGCAUUUCGAGUCCUGCAGCAAAGAAUCGUGGAUACCUAUCACCUUUGCUACGCGAUCGAAUCCCGAUUUUUCCAACACUUUGCCAACAUAUUGGUUAAAACCACAAGAUAAAAAUCUAGUCAUAAAGGGAAUUGAUGUAGAUGACUGGAUUAUAGUCAACGUGCAAAGGACAGGACAUUAUCGUGUUAAAUAUGACUUUCCCAGUUGGUACAAGAUUGCAGAGUAUUUUAACUCGGAUGAUUAUGGAAAGAUACACGUGCUUAAUCGGGCUCAGAUUCUUAAUGAUCUCUAUCGUUUCUAUUUUGAUGAAUACUAUUAUAUGAGAUUUGAGAUAGUUGCAAGUUACUUACAAAGAGAAACAGAUUUUUUACCAUGGAUGCUGAUAUUUCAAUUUGUGAGAAAUAAAAUUUCUAAGGGUUACGAAAACAUUUCUUCGGUAAAGAUAAACCUUAUGGAUAUAUUUGUUAAACGCGUAGGAUCCGACGACAAUCCAGGAGACAGUGUCUUUGAGAGAUUUGUAAGACUUUUAACUUUUCUUUGGGCAUCUAAAAUCGGCAAUUAUGAAUGCGAAAAAAUACUUAAUCAGAUCCUUACGAGAAUCGAAGAAAAUCCUGACUUAUCAUUAGAGAAGCUUCCGCGAAACACGUUUUUCUGGGUAUCUCCUGCUUUGUUGAUUUCAAGAGUGACAAAGAUUUGCAGGCUAAACGAACCAAAAACAAAAAGCACAGUUUUACAACACAAUUGGCCCAACGAUCCUAAUAUUUUUAUUCAUAUUUUACAGUGUUCUGAAGAACAACGACAUAUGUAUGAUUACAGAAUAAUUUAUCAUACUAUUGUUCGGAAACAUGCGGACAAUGAUGUAUUAUUGGAGUAUUUAUUGGAAAAUAUAAACAAAGUAAGGAGUACGCAUUUUACAGCAGAGCAUAUUAUUGAAAUAAUUAUCAAUAGUGUACAUUCUCUUGAACGACUGGAAAGGGUAAGGAACUUUGUGAACUUUAACAUAAACCCGAGAAAAAUCAAAGGAGUUACACCUGCGAUAUAUAAGCGUAAAGUUGAAUUGAAGAAGAAAAUGAUGAAAGAAAAGAAAUCAUAAAACUGAAAAAAUUACGAAAAGGCAACAAGUCAUGUGACAUGCAUUUGUCUUUGUAUCCUAUUGAUGUCGUUAGACGUAAUUUGUACAAACACGUUCGAACUUGAAAGAGAAAUAUUCAGUUUUUUUUAUAAUUAUAAAUUUUAAGAUAUAUUGAUAUAUAAAUUUAUUUUUGUAAGUAUUAUUGUACGUAUCUUUAAAAUUGUAAUUGAAAUAAAGUUCUACAUUAGACAAUAUAUGUUGUAUGUGUUUGAGAGUAACCCUUACGAAAAAGAACUACUGGCAGUAAUAUAUUGCGGCAGUAGUACGAAAAAAUUACUGGCAUUCUGUGUAA